AUGAUUCUAAGAUCUUAUAUCACAAUAACUUUUUCUACUGUAAUUGUUCUGUGCGAAUUUCCUCAUUUAAAAACUAGAGAUUAUCCUAAUGAGAAUUUGAACCAAAAUUUUAUGAAUACUUUAAAAGAAAAAUGGGAAGGGAAUAGAAAAGAAAAAGAGGAAGUAAAAGGUAAACAAAAAUGGGAACAAACAUGGAAAGAAAAAAUGCAAAAAAAUAAGGAAAUAAAAAGGGAGAAACGAAAGGUAAAAUGGUGGGAUGAGAAAAAAGAAGAAGAGAAGGAAGAAAAAAUGGAAUAUUCUAAACCCCUGAAUUCUUCAAAUUUCGAGAAAAAAAUUGAAGAUGAAUGGAAUGAGUUAGAAAAUGAAGAAAUUGAAGCAUGGACAAAUAUAAUAAACACGUGUUGGAAAACUUUAACACACAAAUUAAAACAUGAUGCCUACAGAAAUAGUAAAAUUGGGAGAUGGAAUAAUAUGUUCAAAGCAUUUUCUAAAAUGCGUGAAAUUAAAAAUAAAUUAGACAAAAGGCGUUUACAAAAAUUCAGAGAACAUAUACAAAAUAUAAGCUCUCGUGGAGCAGAUGAUGAAUCUUGGAAUAAUUUAAAUGAGAUGUGGGAAAUCAUAAAAUAUCUCAAGGUACAAAAUGAUAUGAAUUGGGAAAGUAAUUUAAUGAAAUCGUGGAAACAGUGGUUUCAGAGAGAAAUUCCUGAAAUAAAAAAUAAAAUAUUGUAG